CUUCGUAAACGGACUCUUCCCUCCCUCCCGUCUUAACUCUAUGUUCUCCUCGCGCCGCCCUGAGGCGGCCGGUGCCGUAAAAGGCGGGCUUCGCUUUACGGCAGAAGCCCGUCACUCGGCUCCUACCUGCCUGGCGCACCGUCAGAUUGAUCACUGAAUGAGUCAAGAGGGGAAUAUAACCCCCUGAAUAGUGCAGUUUCCUGGAGGGAUGCUGUCUUCAAGCACCCGAAAAAGCUUUAUUUUCCACUGGAGAGACGUUGGUAGGCUACUUGAAAAGAUGAGAAGAACGAAGCUCCUGCUUUCAACUGAUAGUCAAGAGAGCCCUGAAGACUAAUGCAGAGAAUUAACAAGAACGUGGUUUUGGGCCUUCUUACUUUGACAAGCUCAGUCUUUCUCCUGUUCCAGCUGUACUAUUAUAAAUACUAUUUAUCACCAAGGAAUGGAGCUGUUUUCCCCAAGAUUAAAGGGAACAAAGCAGGACAAGACGGUAGUCGGUGGCACGUUGUUAAGAAAUUCAUUAGUUUGAUGUCCAGUCACAACAUACCUGUGCAUCUGAUUGAUCCAUUGCUUCUGGGACUAAUUGACACAGACUUGAAGCAGCUCAGGACGUCUCCUGAUAGCAGCCACUCAGAAUGCAGAUACUUCUGUGCUCGACGGGACUUCACCACCUUUGCAGUCCUGGACAAAGCCUGGAAACUUGAGGUGGGCCUGUUUCGAGCUGCUGAGAGAGUGGGUUUCCAGUGGCUAAAGCUUCAGAGCAAAGACCCACGUCUAGAAGGGAUGGACGACCUCUCUGGGAUGGAGAUUCCCUUACACUACAUUUUCAGACUGGCAGCACAUGCCAUCCAUCUGGUGGUCUUUUAUGAGAGGAGCGGGAACUACCUCUGGCAUGGACAGCUGCGGCUGAAAAGACAUAUGGACCGGAAGUUUGUACCUUUUCGGAAGUUGCCAUUUGGCCGCUACCCGGGAGCCUAUGACAAGCUAGAACUAAUAAGUGUUUCCAUUGAUGGGUUGACAGUCCAGAUUCCAAAAGAGCCAUCUCAGUUCCUAGAGGAAAGGUCCCACUCCAGGUUUAUUGAAUGUAGGUACAGAGAAGCUCGAUCUUUCUUCCAGCUGUACCCUGAUGAUGUAUCUCUGGAUGCUGUUGAAUUCAGAAAGAAAGCCAAGGCCUUGCUGCAUCUUGCUUCUCUGACAUUAAACAGUUUAGGAGUCAGAUUUUGGCUGAGCAGUGGAACUUGCCUGGGUUGGUACAGGCAGUGCAAUAUUAUUCCUUACAGCAAGGAUGUGGACUUGGGGAUUUUCAUUCAAGACUACCAGCCAGAUAUCAUUCCAGCAUUUCAGAAGGCAGGAUUGCCACUAAAGCACAAGUUUGGCAAGGUUGAAGACAGCUUGGAGCUCUCCUUUCAAGGAGAGGAUGAAGUAAAGCUCGAUAUAUUUUUCUUCUAUGAAGAGGAUGACCACGUGUGGAAUGGCGGAACUCAGGCCAAAUCGGGCAAGAAAUUCAAGUAUCUGUUUCCGAAAUUUACACUGUGUUGGACUGAGUUCGUAGAACUCAAGGUACGUGUGCCAUGUGAAACUCUCCAUUACAUCGAAGCCAACUAUGGUAAAGAGUGGAAGAUACCCGUGAAGAUGUGGGACUGGAAAAACUCUCCACCCAACGUCCAGCCCAAUGGGAUCUGGCCUAUCAACGAAUGGGAAGAAGUCAUUCAACUCUACUGACCAAUCUAAAGCAAUGACAUGUUUUUAUGUUGCCCACAAGGCGUCUUUGAUUGUGGAAUGCUUCAGCCAUUUCCAAAGGAGAUGCUGUAAAAGAUGUAUUCACUGUUCAGUUGGUCAACGCACAAGCAAAUUGAUGUCCUGCUUCAGGAACUCUGAAGAACUCUUUUCUACAGCUGAGGAUGGGGGGCAGGGUGGGGAAUAAGCUACAUAAAAGUUGUAUUUAAGGAAAAAGUAAUACCGGGAGGCCAUUUUGAACAUUUGUUGCAGCAAAUGUCCCUAAGUCAAGAAAAAAGCUGCCUAUUCUGCCCAAACUAAGGGUCACCAAAUACAGCCCACCAUUCAUGUCUACACCACAGCUCGCUGAACCUCUGGGUGUUGCUCUCUGCCCAGAACUG